UUUACAGUACGUUCACCCCCGCGGCCCGCCCCUUCAGCCAUCGCAAAACUGAGGUAUUCUUCUUGGCUGAAUGCUGGCGUCGACAGCAAAGUCCACAACUCCAUCCUGCAUGCGCUCCUCCCUGUUCUCCGUUCUCACUCAGCACCCCCCCCCCCCCCCCCUUUUGGCUUAUUGCAUAGUAUAUGCAUGCCCACAGUAAGUCGCAUUGCAUUCUGUAUGAGGUAGGGUAUUUUUGCAGUUCUUGAAUCGUGGGAAGAAGAAGAUAUGGAAUCGAUGGAUUUGAAGGUGCAGGUGGUAGAGUCAUCAUUUAUAGCGCCGAGCGAGCCGACGCCAAGGAAGGGCCUCUGGCUCUCUUCCUUGGACAUCCUGGUGGCCAACAUAGGCCAUACCCCAACCAUCUACUUGUACAGCUCCAAUGAUGCUGCCGCGGCUGAUUUUUUCGACGUGGGCAGACUCAAAAAGGCUAUGGCCAAGGCUUUGGUGCCCUUCUACCCCCUCGCCGGCCGCCUCGGCAACAACAGCGACGAUGGUAGGACGGAGAUCAGCUGCAACGGCGAAGGUGCACUCUUUGUUGUCGCUCACGCGGAUGAUGAACUCACUAUCGACGACGUCAAGAAAUUGAAGCCAUCGCCAGAGUUGAGGAGGCUGUUCGUUCCACGCAUCGAGCCAUCGUCCAUCAUGUUGGCCAUACAGGUGACUUUCUUGAAGUCUGGAGGGGUGGUGUUAGGAACAGCUCUCCACCACGCCGCCAUAGACGCUUCAAGUGCGUUCCACUUUUUCCAGACAUGGUCGGCAUUCUGCAAGCAUGGUGACCGUGCUGCCGUGGAGCUCCCGUGCCACGACCGCACCCUACUCCGCGCACGGUCGCCGCCCACAGUCCACCCCGGCACACUCUUGACAUUGCAGCCUCGGCUAACCCUCUCUGACCUCGAGGGACCUCUUGCCAUCGAAGUCUUCACCAUUUCCAAGGAUCAGGUCGCCUCCCUGAAGCACCUCUGCGGUGGCACGAGCACCUUUUGCGCCGUCAGCGCUCUCAUCUGGCAGUGUACGUGCGUUGCGCGCCGCCUUCCACCGGAUUCUCAAGUGCGCAUGGUAUUUCCCGCCGAGCUCCGCCGCCGGAUGAGGCCGCCCCUCCCGAACCACUACUUCGGCAACGCAGUGUUCAGGCUAUACGUCACUGGCGCGGCUGGGGAUAUUGGCACGGCGGCGUUGGGAUCCGUCGCUACCCGCAUCAAGGGCGCCAUCAAGCGGUUGGAUGACGAGCUGGUGCGGUCCGCCAUUGACUACUUCGAGAACGAGAAGGCCGCCGAGAUGAACAAGAGACGGGCUCUGAGAGGCACCCUGCCAAAGACGUUCCUGAAUAUUACAAGCUGGUUGGGUAGGCCACAGUACGACGCAGAUUUUGGGUGGGGAAAGCCGCAAUUCAUGUCGCUGGCGGAGUCCUUCUGCGGCGGCUUUGUGCACUUGAUGAACGAUGAGAGGACAACGUACUACGGUGGUGCCACCGGCGACGUCCGCAUGAUCGUGUGCAUGGAGGCUGUAGAUAUGAAGGAGCUAGGGCGGUUGCUUUAUGUGAAGCUCAAGCAAGCUGCUUGUGCUAUGCACUAAAAAUAAGGGCCGUAAAAAUAAAGCUCUAGCAAGCUGCUCGUGCUAUGCAUUAAGAAUAAGGGCAGUAAAAAUAAAGCUAUAGCAAGCUGCUAAUGCUAUGCACUAAAAAUAAAGCUCUUCCAAACUGCUAGUGUUAUGCACUAAAAAUAAUAAUAUGGUUUGUUACUAUAUAUGCUAAAAAUAAUAAUAAAUGAGCUAAGGCAGCUGUAUUA